AGAAGGUCUAUGGUGAAGGGAUAACAUUUAAAGCAGCCAGACAUUCAGCACUGAGAAGCACAACAUUUUUCUCCAUCAGUAGAGAGUAUUACUGGGUAACAGGUCAUAACUUUUAUAAGUGGGCCAGAAAGUGAAGAGAAUCAGAUUUCUGAGCCAUGGAAGACUGCUUCAGGAGCAAACAAGGUCUGUGUUUAUUAUUGUUCCUUUGUGUGACUGAUGUACUGUGUGUCUCAAUUCAUUAUUCUGUGCCUGAAGAAAAGAAAACUGGGUCUCUGGUGGCUAAUGUUUUGAAAGAUUUGAAAUUGGGGAUUGGGGAGCUCUCUGCUCGCAGAGCCCAGCUAGUAUCCAAAAGCUCCAAGCAGUAUUUCCAUCUUGAUGCCCACUCUGGGGCUCUGCUCAUAAAUGAGAAAAUAGACCGAGAGGCUCUGUGUGGUCAAAGUGAGCUUUGUUUAUUACAAAAUGAAAUAGUGCUUCAAAACCCCUUAGAGUUCUAUACAAUUGAAGUGAAGGUGGAAGAUGUAAAUGACAAUGCUCCCAGAUUUUCCCAAAAUGAUUUUCAGCUGGAAAUUCCUGAGAAUGUUCCCUCAAAUACAAGAUUCCCCUUGGAAUCUGCUCAAGAUGUGGACUUGGGAGAGAACAGCAUCCAGAACUACACCCUGAGUCCCAAUGAGUAUUUCAGGCUUGGAAUAGAAAGCAAGAAAGAUGGAAGAAAAUCCAUUGGACUUAUUCUGGAGAAAUCUCUAGAUAGGGAAAAAGAACCACAUUUGGAGCUGACACUUAUGGCUUUGGAUGGAGGCAUACCUCAGAGAACUGGUACUGUCAAAAUCAAAAUCAAUAUUUUGGAUAAUAAUGAUAACUUCCCUCAAUUUGUUCAGUCUGAAUACAAAGUAAGAAUAAAGGAAAAUAGUCCUCGGGAUACUCUUGUCUGCAAAGUGGAAGCCAGAGAUUUGGAUUUUGGUUCAAAUGCUGAGAUCACCUACUCCUUCCAUCAAGUGCCUGGCAAAAUACUUGAUUUGUUUCAUUUGAAUGAAAUGACUGGAGAAAUCACAGUUAAGGGAGAAACUGAUUAUGAGAAAGAGACCAGUUAUGACAUGAGUAUCAAAGCAACUGAUGGAGGGGGCCUUUCUGGACACUCCAAUGUUCUGGUUGAGGUUGAAGAUGUGAACGACAAUGCCCCAGAAGUUUCAGUCAUAUCCCUUACUGACAUAAUCCAAGAGGAUUCUCCCCUGAACACAGUGGUUGCUAUUUUCAGUAUUACAGAUCGUGACUCUGGGGACAAUGGCAAAACUAUGUGCUCUGUUGAGAUGAACCUUCCGUUUGCAUUAAGAAGCACCAAGAAUAACUACUACCAGCUUAUGAUCCAGAGCCCUCUGGACAGAGAGAGAGUCCCUGAAUAUAAUGUCACCAUCACAGCCACAGAUCAGGGGUCUCCUAGGCUCACCUCAACAAGAAUUAUCCAUGUUCAGAUAUCAGAUGUCAAUGACAACACCCCAGUGUUUGAAAAGACUUUUUUUGAAAUGAGGUUACAAGAAAAUAAUAUUCCUGGACUGCUAAUCGGCUCAGUUCAUGCUGUUGACCUAGACACAGAGCAGAAUGGCAAAGUAAGUUACUCGCUUUUGCCUAGAGAACUCGGUGGUAGCCCUGCAGCGUCUUACAUCUCCAUCAACUCUGAAACUGGAAACAUGUAUGCCCUCCGAUCUCUGGACUAUGAGCAAAUAAAAGAUUUUAAAGUCACAGUGAGGGCUAAAGAUGGUGGUACUCCUCCUCAGAGCUCUGACGUUGUUGUGCGAGUUGUGGUUGCAGAUGAAAAUGACAACGCUCCCUUCUUCCUCUACCCUCUUCAAAAUAACACAUCGCCCUGCAAUGAGCUCCUUCCCAAGAUGGCAGAGGCUGGAUAUCUGGUCACCAAAGUGGUGGCUGUGGAUCGAGAUUCUGGUCAGAACUCUUGGCUUUCCUAUGAACUGCUGAAGGCCACAGACCCUGGUCUUUUCAGCAUAGGAGCCCAGAAUGGAGAGGUGAAAACCAGGAGACCACUGACUGAGCGAGACUCAAGCAAACAGAGGCUGAUUAUUGCUGUCAGAGACAAUGGUGUCCCACCUCAGACCAGCACUGCAACACUCAGUGUACUUCCAGUGGAUGGCUUUUCUGAUCCUUAUCUGAAGGUGGUGGAUGUGCAUCAACAGGAGCAUGAAGAUGAGGGCACCUUGACCAUGUAUUUGGUGGUUUGCCUGGCAUCUGUCUCUUCUGUGUUUCUGCUUUGCAUUAUUUCCUUUGUUGUUAUCAAAUCCUGCAAGAAAGACCCCGGAGGCACUUUUAUUGCUGCCCCUCCUCACUUUCCUCCUUCCAGGCCUGAUAUCCCAGAGAACUGUACAGAUUCCCAGAGUGGGUCACUUUCCAGGAAUUAUCAAUAUGAUGUUUGCUUAACUGGUGGAUCCUUAAGCAGUGAGUUCAGAUUUCUUCGGCCUCUCAUUCCUGUUUUUUCUGUUGCGGACACAAAUAUCCCUGUGAUCCAUAAGACUUCUCCUGGUUCCCAAGACCUCCCAGAUUCCUUGGAAGAUAAUAAAUUGAAGGAAGAGACCAUGGAGGACUGCUUCAGGAGAAAACAAGGUCUGUGGUUUUUACUCUUCCUCUGUGUGAUUGAUGUACUGUGUGUCUCAAUUCAUUAUUCUGUGCCUGAAGAGAAGAAAAGUGGGUCUCUGGUGGCUAACAUUUUGAAGGAUUUGAAAUUGGGGAUUGGGGAGCUCUCUGCUCGCAGAGCCCAGCUAGUGUCCAAAAGCUCCAAGCAGUAUUUCCAUCUUGAUGCCCACUCUGGGGCUCUGCUCAUAAAUGAGAAAAUAGACCGAGAGGCUUUGUGUGGCCAAAGUGAUCUUUGCUUAUUACAGAGCGAAAUUGUGCUCCAAAACCCCUUAGAGUUUUAUACUAUUGAAGUGAAGGUGGAAGAUGUAAAUGACAAUGCUCCCAGAUUUUCUCAAAAUGAUUUUCAACUGAAAAUUCCUGAGAAUGUUUCCCCAAAUACAAGAUUUCCCUUGGAAUCUGCCCAAGAUGUGGACCUGGGAGAAAACAGCAUCCAAAAUUACACCCUGAGUCCCAAUGAGUAUUUCAGGCUUGGAAUAGAAAGCAAGAAGGAUGGCAGAAAAUCUGUGGAUCUUAUUCUGGAGAAAGCGCUAGACAGAGAAAAACAAUCACAUUUUGAGCUGAUACUUAUGGCUUUGGAUGGAGGGCUACCUCAGAGAACAGGAACAAUGCAAGUAAAUAUUAAUAUCUUAGAUAGCAAUGAUAAUUCACCACAGUUUUCUCAAACUGAAUAUGAAGUAAGCUUAAAGGAAAACAGUCCCCAGGAUACUCUGGUCUCCAAAGUGGAAGCCAAAGAUUUGGAUUUUGGUUCAAAUGCUCAGAUCACCUACUCCUUCCAUCGAGUAUCUAAAACAAUAUCUAAUUUGUUCAAUUUGAAUGAAAUGACUGGAGAAAUCACUGUUAAGGGAGAAAUUGAUUAUGAGAAGGAAACCACUUAUGACAUGAGCAUCACAGCAACUGAUGGAGGGGGCCUUUCCGGACACUGCAAUGUUCUGGUAGAGAUUGAGGACGUUAAUGACAAUGCCCCUGAAGUUUCAGUCAUAUCCCUUACUGAUAUAAUCCAAGAGGAUUCUCCCCUGGAUACAGUGGUUGCUCUCUUUAGUAUUACAGAUCGUGACUCUGGGGACAAUGGCAAAACUUUGUGCUCUGUUGAGAUAAACCUUCCCUUCUCAUUAAGAAGCAGCAAGAAUAACUACUACCAGCUAAUGAUCCAGAGCCCUCUGGACAGAGAAAGUCUCUCUGAAUAUAAUGUCACUAUUACAGCCACAGACCAGGGGUCUCCUAGGCUCACAUCAACAAGAAUUAUCCAUGUUCAGAUAUCAGAUGUUAAUGACAACACCCCGGUGUUUGAAAAGCCUUUAUUUGAAAUGAGGUUACAAGAAAAUAAUAUUCCUGGUCUGCUAAUUGGCUCGGUUCAUGCUGCUGACUUAGACGUGGAGCAGAAUGGCAAAGUGACCUACUCGCUUUUAUCUAGGGAGCUUGGUGGUAGCCAUGCAGCCUCUUACAUCUCCAUCAACUCUGAAACUGGAAACAUGUAUGCCCUCCGAUCUCUGGACUAUGAGCAAAUAAAAGAUUUCAAAGUCACAGUGAGGGCUACAGAUGGUGGUACUCCUCCUCUGAGCUCUGACGUUGUUGUGCGAGUUGUGAUCACAGAUGAAAAUGACAAUGCUCCCUUCUUCUUGUAUCCACUUCAGAACAGCACAUCACCCUGCAAUGAGCUGCUGCCCAAGAUGGCUGAGGCUGGAUAUCUGGUCACCAAAGUGGUGGCUGUGGAUCGAGAUUCUGGUCAGAACUCUUGGCUUUCCUAUGAACUUCUGAAGGCCACAGACCCUGGCCUUUUCAGCAUAGAAGCCCAGAAUGGAGAGGUGAAAACCAGGAGACCACUGACUGAACGAGACUCAAACAAACAGAGGCUCAUUAUUGCUGUCAGAGACAAUGGUGUCCCUCCUCAGACCAGCACUGCAACACUCAAUAAUCAGUGUACUCCAGGGAUGGCUUUUCUGUCCUAUCUGAAGGUGGUGGAUGUGCAUCAACAGAGAGCAUGAAGAUGAGAUGAGGGCACCUUGACCAUGUAUUUUGGUGGUUGCUGGCAUCGUCUCUCUGUGUUUCUGCUUUGCAUUACCUUUGUUGUUAUCAAUUCCUGCAAGAAAGCCGGCGGACUGUUUAUGCUGCCCCCUCACUUUCCUCCUUCCAGGCCUGAUAUCAGGAACUGUACAGAUUCCCAGAGUGGGUCACUUUCCAGGAAAUCAAUUGAGUUUUGCUUAAUGGUGUCCUUAAGCAGUGAGUUCAUUUCUUCGCCUCUCAUUCCUGUUUUUUGUUCGGACACACAUAUCCCGUGAUCCAUAAGACUUCUCCUGGUUUCCCAAGACCUCCCCGUCUUGGAAGAUAAUAAAUUGAAGGAACAUGAAAGCACAUCACCCUGCAAUGAGCUCUUCCCGAAGUGGCUGAGGGUGGAUAUCUGGUCACCAAAAAAAAGGGUGCAAGAAAGACCUGGAGGCACGUUUAUUGCUGCACCUCCAGCAUUUAGUUCCUCCUUUCAGGACCUGAGUAUCCCAGAGAACGUGGACCGAUUCUCAGAGUGGAUCACUUUCCAGGAAUUAUCAGUAAUUCCUGUGAAACGACAAGACGUCUUCUGGUUCCCAAGAUCUAUCAGAUUGCUUGGAAAAAGGGGAAAGUCCAAUAAAUCAAAGGAAAGAGACAAUGGUGUCCCUCCUCAGACCAGCACUGCAACACUCAAUAUACUUCCAGUGGAUGGCUUUUCUGAUCCUUAUCUGAAGGUGGUAGAUGUGCGUCAACAGGAGCAUGAAGAGGAGGGCACCUUGACCAUGCCUGAUAUCCCAGAGAACUGUACUGAUUCUCAGAGUGGUUCACUUUCCAGGAAUUAUCAGUAUGAUGUUUGCUUAACUGGUGGAUCUUUAAGCAGCGAAUUCAGAUUUCUCCGACCUCUCAUUCCUGUUUUUUCUGUUGCGGACACAAAUAUCCCUGUGAUCCAUAAAACUUCUCCUGGUUCGCAAGACGUUCCAGAUUCCUUGGAAGACAAUAAAUCAAAGGAACAGAAUUGUUUCAAGGGCCCAAAACUGAUGGGCAAGAAAGAGAGGCUUCUGGCUGCUCUGGAGGUGGAGUGUGCAGAUGACACAUGCCCCCACAGCAGCUGGAGAAUGCAUGGAGAGUAUGCCCAGCCAGAAAAAGUCAACUGUAAAAAGAGUGCAGAAAGUCUACUCUUUGCUGGCAUUCCAUUUGGGAUUGUGGAGAUGUCCUGGUUCCAGACCAGACUGUGCCAAUGCCAUGGUCCCGCAUUAAUCGUGGGCUACUGGGGCUGGAGCGGCCUCAGGCCAUUUCAAGCUGCCAGUCUGCAUGAUCCCAAUAAUGCUGUCUUCUUAUGGUGCAAAAAUUGA